GUGGCAACUGCACCGCGGCAGCACGGGUAGAAGUGGAGUGUUGCUGACUGUGUAGACGCCGGUCAGGAAAACUGUGUCGAUAUGGGCAAACUGAAGGGCAUUCCUCACAUCCUCUCCCCUGAUAUCCUUCACCUCCUCGCUGUGACGGGCCACGGGGAUGAAAUAGUGCUGGCAGACAUCAACUUUCCAACCCACAGCAUAUGCACUGCUGGGGGACCUAAGGAGUACAGAGCUGAUGGCCUUCAAAUCCCCGCCCUUCUUGAUGCCAUCUUGACUCUCAUGCCCCUGGACAACUAUGUUGACAGCCAGGUGGCAGUGAUGAACCGCACACACCGGGAUGUAAUGCUGGGUGUGGAAGUACCAAUACUGAAUGAAUUCCGUAGCAUCUGUAACCAACAUUUUGGAGCCACAGUGAAGAUAGAGUUUCUUGAGCGCUUUGAAUUCUACGAACGAGCAAAGAAAACUUACGCCAUCAUCCAAACAGGAGAGACGGCACCUUAUGGCAACAUCCUGCUGAAACGAGGAGUGUGCUAGCUGGCUUUCCCUCAGCCUUUAGGACAGGAGUGUUCUGUUGUCUUGCAAUAAACAUGUAAAAGAU